UGGUAAUCUAGCUAAAAUAUGUUUGCAGGUAAAAUGAAAAUAGUUCCAUUGGUACUCGCUCUCUUAUCGCUGGUGUGCGGAAGGAAGGUUUGCGACACGUGUCUCGAAGGUUUCUGCUACGGAAGGGAAGUGAUCUUGGAGAAUCAUCGAUUAUCCGGACAAUUAGCAAUCGAUACUGUGGAUAACGUACUCUAUUUUCAUUACAAAGAUUCGUAUUCUAUCGAUCACACAGUUGCCUACGACUUGGACGAUGUCCGAUUAAAAUCGAUACCCGGAAUCGAUUUUUCUUUCGCACGUGCAGUCGAUUUAAAUAGAAAUGUUUACAUCGGUGGCACACAAGGCAUAUUUAAAUACGAUCCACGUAAGAAUUUGACUACCGAAUAUGGGUUAUUUGAUAAAACCAUAUGGCAUAUGCAGUUUAGAAACAUGAUUUAUUACACCGUUUUUAUGAUGAACGGUUUGUAUACAUAUCAAGACAAAAAGUCUGUGAGCAUCACUAACCUAACAAAGUACAAAAUCGAUGAUUUCAUAAUCGAUAAUCGUAACGAUAUAUUUUUUGUUAGCGAAUCGAAACUUUAUCGAUAUGAAGGUAAAUCGAAAGAGAUAAAUGUUGUAUCGAAUAACAUGUACUCCUUGUUAGUAGAUAAAUAUAAUAAUGGAUAUUUCAUAGAUAUUUUAAAUCGUGGUUUAUACAGAUUUAGCCAUAGAAUCAAUAGGCUUUUUGAGGUUGGCGCUUUUGACAGCGGCGCGCCAUUCAAAGCUGUUUUUGAUUCGAACAACAAUAUAAUAUAUUAUGACAAAGGUAAUGAGAUACUGUAUUAUUUAAGACCCAACUACGGGCGAUGCAAAAUAAGUAGAGGUAAGAGGAGAAAAUAUAAACCUAUGGUUCCAAUUCCUCGUAACAGUACUAGCUUCCUACAAAUUAAAACGAUUGACUGAACCAAAAUAACCUCCGAAAACUAAUGC